UCUCAAACUAUCAGAAAUUGAAAUCGAUUUUUCCCAGUUUUAACUUUUGUAAUAAUAUUCAUAUUAUUUUAUUAUUUAAUUACUGCUCUGCUGAACUAUAAAAAUGCGUCGCUCAGACGCUCUCAUUGUCAUCGCUGCCGCGGCUCUGACGCUUUUACAAAUGGCGGAACCAGUCAAAGGCAAUGGGCAAUACACCAUCGUUGGCCCUGGCACAAUACACUCGCAUCGGGAAUACAAUGUGGCUGUUGCCGUGCACCACAUCAAGGAGCCUGUGAAGCUUAAGGUGGGCAUAACCGGACCCUCCUACAAUGAUACGCAAACCGUGGAGCUGGCGCAUGAUGAUGAGUUAAAACAGCUGAGCUUCAAGUUGCCGCCACUAGAGAAGGGCGAUUAUAAUCUGACGGCAGUGGGUGUUAGUGGUUUGGAGUUCACCAAUACCACGGCGCUCAAUUGGGCGGAGUUUAAGCCGUAUGUGAAGCUGCAGACAGACAAGGGCAAGUAUAAGCCUGGCGAUGCGGUCAACUAUCGUGUAAUCUUCCUCGAUGAGAAUCUGCGACCGGCUAAAGCGGAAAAGGAUGUGGUUGUCUGGUUCGAGGAUCCCAAAAGCAAUCGCAUCAAGGAGCUAAAGCACAUAGAGACCAAGAGUGGCGUCUAUACAGGCAAAUUUGAGCUCUCCGAGUUUGCUUUGCUUGGCGGUUGGCGCUUGCAGGUGCAAAAUGGUGGCGACUAUGCCGAGGAGACUGUCUACUUUGAGGUGGAGAAAUAUGUGCUGCCCAAGUAUACCAUCAAAAUGGAUGCAACACAGCAUGUGUCGGUGCGCGAUGGCGACAUGCAGGUCGUAGUUAAAGCCAACUAUACCUAUGGCAAGCCAGUAAAUGGCAAAGUGCUGCUGCGUCUUUACACUUCAGAGACAAGCGUGUGGAGCUAUGAGGAGGGCGAAUCAAAGCGCAAAGACUACGAAGGACAUGCCAUAAUACGCAAUGUGGAUAUGGUUAAUGGCAAAGCCAAGUUCGAUAUAAAUGUCAAAGAGUUUGCCGACUAUUUGCCCUACAAUUCAUCAUCGUGGUAUGCUCAGAUCACAGCCACUGUCGAGGAGGACUUUACGGGUGUUAAGAUCAACGAAACUGGCGGCACACAGCUCUAUCCGUAUCGCUAUGAAAUGAGCUGCACUGAUUACAGCACUUGCUAUUCAUUUAAGCCCGAUCAGGAGACCACGCUCACAUUCAAAGUAGCGCUAGUCGAUGGCACUCUACUAACCGAUACCAAGACUGUGGUUAAGGCCACCUUCACCGAGGGCAUACGCAGCAAUUACUAUCAUGACAAACAGGAGCUGCCUAAAAUUGAAAACAAGAAGCUUACCUUUGAGAGUCAUCUGAACGAGUCCAGUCUGGCUGUGUUCAAGGUGAUGUUGCCUGAUUUGCCCGACAUGGAGAACUUUACGCGCUUCUACAGCAUUGAGCUCGCUUUUGCCGAUGAGAAACGUCAGCUGUAUUCGACUUAUCCGCACCGGGAGCCCAAGAAAAUUGAUGAACCCACUGUGGAGGAAGAAAAGGAAAAGGAAUGGUUCAGGGCUUCGGUGCAGCGCCCCAAGGACAAGUGGAGCUUAACAGCGGGUCAGGAAUAUCAAUGUACAUUGAACUCCAGUCGACCACUGAAUUACCUUGUCUAUAAUCUUAUUGGACGCGGCAAUGUUCUCCACACCGAACGUGUGCAGUUUAAGGAACCCACAAAGGUGCACAAUGUUACCUUUAAGCCCGACUUCUUGACCACGCCACAUGGUCGCCUGUAUUUCUAUUAUGUAGACGAAACCGGCGAGUUUCGUUAUGCCGAAGAUAGUUUCCAUGUCGAAGUGGAGCUGCAGAAUAAAAUUGAAGUUACCGCACCAGCUGAGGUUAAGCCUGGUGCCGAUGUCUCGCUGGAAAUUAAAACAGCACCCAAUUCAUUUGUCGGCCUCCUGGCUGUGGAUCAAAGCGUUCUGCUGCUGGGCAGCAACAAUGAUCUGAGCAAGGAUUCGUUCAACUGGCGCCUGGGUCGCUAUGAUACCAGAACCCCAUGGCAAGGAGGUUACUCCUACUAUCCCGGCGAACGCAGCGGUGUCGUCACCAUGACCAAUGCCAACUUCUACUACAAUCGCACAGCUCCAGUUUAUGAAUUGCUUCAUUUAUAUUCAGCAGAAGCCUUCAGCGGUGGCGCUAUGAGGAAGACAGCCCUGGUACAAAACAGCGUUUUACACAGCACUACUCCGAUGGGCAUACAAGCUGAUAGCGCAGUUGGUUUUGCAGCUGGUGCGGGAGGAGGAGCUGCUCCACCAUCCGCACCCACUGUGCGCAAAAACUUUGUGGAGACUUGGCUAUUCGAGGAUAUUGAGAACACCAAAGAUGCCGUCUUCAAUUGGGUGCGGAAAAUACCCGAUACAAUCACUAGCUGGGUGCUGACCGCGUUUGCGCUGCAUCCCGAGAAGGGCUUGGGCGUGACCAAUGAGCAGCUGAACAUCAAGACCUUCCAGCCGUUCUUUGUGUCCAUUCGCCUGCCCUAUAGCGUGAAGCGUGGCGAGGUCAUCAGCGUGCCCGCGCUGGUGUUCAACUAUCUGCCCAAGCAGCUGGACGUGGAUGUGUCGCUGGACAAUUCGGACAAUGAGUACGAGUUCUUGGAUGUAUCCAAUGAGGUUAUUGGCGAUCAGAAGCGCACCCAAAAGGUGCGCGUUGGCGCCAACUCCGCUGCAGGCGUUAACUUCCUGCUGCGUCCCAAGGUCAUAGGCAAUUUGCUGUUGAAGUUUACUGCCAUUUCACCCAUAGCUGGUGAUGCAGUGCAUCGCACGCUCAAGGUGGUGCCCGAGGGUGUCACACAGUACAGAAAUCGCGCUUACUUUGUCAAUCUGAAGGAUGUGCAUGAGCAUAAGGAUAGCUUCGAGCUGGAGCUGCCCGAGGAUAUUGUGCCGGACUCGCAGCAUGUGGAAUUCGGUGUUGUAGGUGAUAUGCUGGGACCUGUCAUUAAGAAUCUGGAGCGACUGCUGCAUUUGCCCAGCGGCUGCGGUGAGCAGACCAUGUCCAAGCUGGUGCCCAACUAUUUGGUCUAUGACUACAUGAAGAGUCUGAAGAAAUUGACGCCCGCGCUGGAGAGUCGCAUUAAGCGUAAUCUGGAGCAGGGCUAUCAGCAUAUGUUCCACUAUCAUCAUGACGAUGGCAGCUACAGCAGCUUUGGACCACACAAGUAUCGCGAGGAGGAUCCCGUGCGCAACGGCUCCACCUGGCUAACAGCCUAUGUGCUGACCAGCUUUGCUCACAUCAAGGACAUCAUAAAGGUGGAUGAGAAGCAGCUGGAGAAGGGCUAUGAGUUCCUGCUGAGCCGUCAGGCCGAGAACGGCAGCUUCAUCGAAGCCGGCGAAUACUUCUAUGGCUCAACACGUUCGGGCUUGACCUUGACGGCGAAUGCUUUGCUGGCGCUGCUAUCGCAGACAACACGCAAUCAGUCGGCCAUUGAUAAGGCUGUCAGCUAUUUGAGCGAGCAUAACAAUGUCAAAGAGUCAGCGGAACUGCUGCCCAGGGCUAUCGCAACCUAUGCGCUGCAGCAGGCCAAGGCUGCAAGCGCUGGCAAGCAUGUGGCUGAGCUUAAAGCGCUUGCCAAGCACGAAGAAGAUCGCAGCUGGUGGAGUGAAGACGUCGAACGUCUGCGUCCAGGCAAAUACCAGCGCUGGUGGUGUUGGAUCUGGAGCAACGAUGUUGAGAUUACCUCCUAUGCUCUGCUGAGCUUGCUGGACACCGAGGGCGAAACACCACAAACGCUGCUCAAUACUGUGCGCUGGUUGGUGGCGCAGCGCAAUAGCUAUGGAGGCUUCGCCUCCAGUCAGGAUACAGUUGCUGGACUGCGUGCACUCAUUGCAUUUGCUCAGAAGUCUGGCUAUGAGCCAGCCAAGUGGGAUGUCAGUGUCUCCAACAAGGGACAGCGUGAGAAGACCGAAAAGCUAACUGUCAAUGACGAUAACGAUCUGGUGCUGCAAACUGUUGAGUUUCCACAGGGCACCAAAUCGCUCAACUUUGAAGCCAAGGGCACGGGCGCUGCGCUGGUGCAGAUCAGCUAUCAGUACAAUAUAGUCGAGAAGGAUCCCAAGCCCAGCUUCAAGGUUAUCACGCAUAUAUUGCCCGACACACCCGCUGCCAAGCUGGAGUUGAGCGUCUGCGUCGAAUAUGUGGAGGAGGGCACAGAAAAGGCCUCCAACAUGGCCAUACUGGAGGUGACGCUGCCAUCGGGUUACACAGCGGAUGAGGAGAGCUUCCCCAAUAUACAGGAGAUUGAACGCGUCAGGCUGGUGGAAACUAAAAACGACGACUCCGUUGUCGUCAUCUACUUCGAGAGCCUGCCCAAGGGUGAGCUCAAGUGUCUGCCCAUUGAAGCCUUCAAGACGCAUGCGGUGGCCAAUCACAAGCCCUCACCUGUGGUCCUCUACGAUUACUAUGAUACCAAUAAGAAGGCUACGGAGUACUAUCAGAUCGAGUCGAAGCUUUGCGAUAUUUGUACCGACAGCGAGUGCCGCACUAGAUGCGCUUAAUUAAUUAAUUACUCAACUAUUGUGAUGACAAGCUUUUUUCAUUUAAAUACUUCAAUACGAAUUACGAAACAAUAAAAUGUUAUAAAUAAUUA